CUCACAAGCCCAACAUCUACUUUCACAAAACCCUAAUCCAUAGAUAAAUUUCUUUUCUCCCAUAUAAACGAAAACCAUCGACGCUUUGUUCUCUCUGAAGAGGAAGAAGGUGCACGCCGGCGGAUUGAAGUAGGAACCCAACACCACCUUCAGCAAUGUCGUCGAAGAGAAAGGUUAGAGAGCCAAAGGAAGAAACAGUGACUCUUGGUCCAGCUGUUAAAGAUGGAGAACAAGUUUUUGGUGUUGCUCGUAUCUUUGCUUCGUUUAACGAUACCUUCAUCCAUGUGACUGAUUUGUCUGGUAGAGAAACACUUGUCCGUAUUACUGGUGGAAUGAAGGUCAAAGCUGACCGAGAUGAGUCAUCUCCAUAUGCUGCCAUGCUUGCUGCACAAGAUGUUGCCACCAGAUGCAAGGAGUUAGGCAUAACUGCUCUUCACAUCAAACUACGUGCUACUGGAGGAAACAAGACCAAAACACCAGGCCCUGGUGCUCAGGCUGCUCUCCGUGCCUUGGCUCGGUCAGGAAUGAAAAUCGGUCGCAUAGAGGAUGUGACCCCAAUUCCUUCUGACAGCACCCGCCGAAAGAGUGGUAGAAGGGGUAGAAGGCUCUGAGUUUGCUAUGGUAUUAUGGAAGGAGCUGCUUAUGUUUUUAUUUUGGUCACCGUGUUUUUGUUUCUUUCCAGACUGUAUUGUGGCAUAUUCAAAAGUUCUACAUGAGUUUAUUUAGAUACAAGUUAAGAGUCAAAUGAAAGUUUUUCAUGUUUCUUCUAUGAUUUACACUUUUGCGGAUUUGAUAAAUUGCUUCAUCUAAUUUUUGUUUUGUUCUCUCA